CGAUCCAUGUUGUUUCUUUCUUUCACAGAUACAGAAGCGAGUUUCUUCUGGCAGCAGUGCUGCGAUUCUCAGAGUGUGUGUGUGUGCAUAAACACAGAGAAGAAGAUGGCUGAUUUUGAGGAUGAUACCGGAGCCCGGGCCCUGUUGGCUCUCAAAUCUGCGCCUUGCAGCCCGGUUCGCGUAGCGGCCGAGCCCGUAUACCCACUCCUCUCAAUUUCGGCCGCGAUCACCACCUUGCCUCCUCCGCGGGCCUUGGCGCGGCUGGAAGGCCGGGAUUUCGAGUUUGUUAUGCGGCAGAAGACGGUGACUGUGGGUCGAAACUCGUCACACGGCUCUGUGGACGUGAACAUGGGCCAUUCGAGCUUCAUCUCACGGCGGCACUUACAGAUUUCUUUCGACGAGCCGCAUUUUUACCUGCGCUGUCUCGGGAAGAACGGCGUGUUUGUAGACGGGGGGUUCCAAAGGAGAGGGGCUCCUCCACUCCAGCUACCCCGAGAGUGUACUUUUCGAUUCCCCAGCACUGUCAUUAAGAUCCAGUUCACCACGCUGUAUCACAGAGUGGAAGUGAAAGAGGAGGCGCCCUUGUCCCCGGUGCGACCCCUGUUCCCCCAGAUUUCUCCUCUGAAAAUCAACAUUCCCGAUCCGGACUUCAGGAGCAUGAUCAGCCCUUUGCCUUCCCCAACUGGCACCAUCAGUGUUCCCAAUUCCUGCCCGGUCAGUCCACGGGGCGCUGGAUCUUCAGGAUAUCGGUUUGGACGAAAUAUUACCUCAGACUUGCAGCUGGCUGCAGAAUUCGCUGCAAAAGCUGUGUCAGAACAGCAGGCUGAGACAUCAGGAGGCGACAGCCCCAAGGACGAUUCAAAGCCUCCUUACUCCUACGCACAGCUCAUCGUUCAAGCAAUCUCUUCAGCUCAGGACAGACAGUUAACACUAAGUGGGAUCUACGCCCACAUCACCAAACAUUACCCCUAUUACAGGACUGCUGAUAAAGGCUGGCAGAACUCCAUCCGGCACAAUCUGUCUCUGAACCGUUACUUCAUCAAAGUGCCCCGGUCCCAGGAGGAGCCGGGAAAGGGCUCCUUCUGGAGGAUUGACCCCUCCUCUGAGGCCAAGCUGGUGGAGCAAGCCUUCCGCAAGCGGCGGCAGAGAGGUGUGUCCUGCUUCCGCACCCCCUUCGGCCCCCUCUCCUCCAGAACCAAGAGCGCACCUGCCUCGCCGACCCACCCCGGCCUCCUCUCACCUCACUCUAGUGGCCUGCAGACUCCCGAGUGCCUGUCUCGAGAGGGCUCUCCCAUCCCUCAUGACCACGACUUUGGGUCCAAGCUGGCCUCUGUCCCCGAGUACCGGUACACCCAGAGCGCUCCAGGUUCACCGGUGAGUGCCCAGCCAGUCAUCAUGGCAGUUCCGCCCCAGCAGUCCACUGUAGUAGGAAAACCUUUGACCUACAUGCCUGCCUCUUUGAUAACCUCCCAGCGGCCAUCAGGCCAUGCCAUUCAUGUCGUCCAGCAAGCACCCACCGUGACAAUGGUCCGAGUGGUGACCAAUUCAGCCAGCGCCUCCAAUGGAUACAUCCUAGCCAAUGCAAACCCUGCUGGCUCCAUGCUGGGAGGUGGAGAGAAUAUAGGGGAGGCAAAAGGCGUGACCGAUGAGAGACCUGUGGUGACGUACACGACGAUUCCAACUGCCAGCCGGGUGAUCCAGGCAGUCAGCACCCACGUGAGCCAGGGCUCUGGGGGACAGACGUUCACCUUCGUCCAGCAGGCAGCGCCCAUCUCCCUGGGCCAGCACCAGCUCCCUGUGCGGGCGAUCACACAGAACGGGAAGCACGCAUUCCCCAUGACCAGCGUUGCUGGAAAUGCGUACACCAUCACAAAUCCACUUCAGAUCUUAGCUGCCCAGGCCAGCACCUCCUCCCCUGUCAUGGUGAGCAAGCCCCCCACUGCAGAGUCUGAGCAGCCUGCUUCUUCCUUAGGUGAGCCUGAGGCUAAGAGGCCAAGGAACGAGGAUGGCAGUGGGGCACCUGUUCCUCGUCCUGUUAUCGUGGCAGUGGCACCUCAGCCGCAGGAUGACCACGAAUAAGGAAGCACACACCUGAAUAACGAGUGGAGAAGAUAUUUUAGUUUGUUCCACAGUACAAGAAACCCAGUGCCAAACAAUGGAAGAAGAAAAAAAAAAGAUGUCUCAUCAUAAACUUUUAAACAUUGGAGGAAAAAAGAAAAGCAGCAAUUCAUAUAGACAGUUGAUUGUAUUCUAAUUGGGGAGGGUUUACUAUAUGUAAUGUAUAUGUAAUGUAAACAAUGCAUAUAUCCAACAAGCCUUAAAGUAGGGACAAGGGGGUUCCACAAUUUUGAUUCCAACUACGCAGUCCACUGGGUGGGUGGAUCUUAUUCCUGUAAGUUCUCAAAGUAAGAGCAUUAAUGAAGCAAUGAAAAGAAGUCCUUGAUGUAGUGAAACGUGAUCUAUGUUGGGUCAGGGUGGGACCAAAAAAUACGCAGCUAUCUUAUCAAAAGACGUCAAGUCGGUUUUCAUAAAUGCAAGCAUUAUCUUUUUAUAUGUGGCAGGGGAUUUUGGGGGGGGGGGGGGGUGUCUUAUAUAGAUAUUGUGAACAGUGAUCUAUUUAUCUCAGUUUUUUUUUUUAUUUAAUUUGAGCACCUUGGCCGCAUUUUUGAAUAGAUGUUCUAGAUUUAAAAGAAGGAAUAAGACAAAUUGUUCCAAAUAAUACAAACAAAAAAUAAGGACGAGGCUGAAUCCUUUCGUUGGGCCUGGGUAAAAAAUUAACUGGUCAGAAUCGCAGCACAGAGUAUUACACAAAUAUCAGUCAUAAUCAGAAACUUUUUUUUUUCCUAAAUAUUAUAUAUGUCACAUUUUGAGAUUUGUUUAGUAUUUUAUAGUCAAAAUAUAAUAUACGUGUUGAAUGUAAAAAAAAUAGCUUUUUAUUUAUAAAGUCCACGCCCUAUUUUUGGUGCAAGUACUUGCACAGUUGUUAUUGAAAGCAUUGUGUCCAGACAAACUACUUCAUAUUGUUUUUGGUGUUUUUUUUUUUUUUUUUUUUUUACAGUAAAAUAACAGCUUAGAAGUCCGGGAGUUUGUAUUGUAUGAACUAGGUCCAGGAACACACAUCCUACACGUGUCACUGAAGAACAGAGGAUAGAGUCUGUAUGCUUGUCAAUAUUCUUAAGCAAGGAGGAAUCCGGCUGGAGUAUUCCUAAAAGGGUUAUAUUAGUUAGCACUAAUCUUGUACCAGUUUGUAAUGGGUAGGUUUCUAUAUUAUGUUGUUGUUAUUGGUUCCUUCAGUGUUGUAGCGAGAGGGAGAGAAGGUUCAUUCUGCCUGAUUUAGAUGACAAAAUCCAUCUCAUUAAAAGUCUUUUAUACAAAGGUUUUUCACUUGUGCGUUGGGGAAGAAUGGGGGGGGAAGCAAUACUCCUUUUUAAAUAAUACUAAAGGCAACGAGGUCAGGAUCUGCAGUCAUAUCAAAGAAUAUAUGUACAGGUAUAAUAUAUAAUUUUUUUUUUUUUUUUCCACUGAGGGGAAAAAAUGUCUAAAAUAAAAGGAAAAUGGGACUAACCAUUUAUUAUGUGACCUGUAGUUAAGGGUUGCUAGUGAAGAAGAGUUAUAAUACAUUGUCAAUGUAACCAAAUCUGAAGAACGUUAAAUCAGUGGAAACUAAUAGUGCUAGAUACUAGCAUUGCUUUUAGACAGGAGUAAAGUUUAUUUAUAGUUAAAAUCCUCCACACGUGCAAUUUGAAGAAACAAAACUUUGCUCUUUUUAAUUUCCCCUUUCCCAUCCAGACAAGUGCCGUAAAUACUCAUCUCUACUCGAGCACAUUCUCCUACAACACUAGAGGUCAGCAGUGAUUGAUGUACCAAUAGACAGUAUAGACAGCAGCUUGUGCACUGAAGAUAGAAAAUAAAAGACUUCACACGUUGCAUUAAAGCUAUAAAUAUCACAAUAUGCUUUGGCACGUUAAUGUGACCGUCCAGAUUAAAAUCUGCAAUAUGUCGUCUUAUUUUUUUUAUUUUUUAUUAUUGAAUCUUACAUUGACAGUUUUUAUUUUAAAGAACAUGUAUAUAAUUUUUUUUGUCAAGAAAAUUUUUGCUAAACUAAAUUCCUUGUGUUUUAAUUUCGAAGCAGAAUACGAAUAAAGAGGGCUUUUCCUUUUUAGUAGAGCAUUUAUAGAGCCUCUCCUAGUGACUAGCACACUGAUACCUAGCUAUAUGAUAUAGGUACCACUAAAUGAAUGUUUGGACCAUUUGCACCAUGGGAUAAAAGGCACUAAAACAUGGUUACAAGAAAUACAAUGGAAAGUUUGGUUACCUUUCUAUUCAGCUCCACCAAAAAUAAAAUAAGCUAUAAGUCAGUUACUUUGUGUCAGGGAUCCUUAGUGCACCCAUAGUAACAAAUAACCCAAAACGGGUUGUGUGACAGCUAUUGAGACAAAACAAAGAACAAACAUCCCUGUGAAAACCCUAAAUUGGAGGUUCAGCUGUUGAG